AUGACCACUUACGGCAUACCGGUCUCGGCUCCGACGAACGUACAAGAGGUUGAGCAGCUCGUGAAACGGCUUUAUCAGCCUGGCACGCCGAGAGUCAUCGCACAGAUCGACGACCAGCUCAAGCUCUUGCAGCACUCCCCAGACGGCUGGCAACUAGCAGAUGCCUUACUCGGCAGCGAUGACUCCAACGUCCGCUUCUUUGGAGCCUUGACGUUCCAAGUCAAGUUGAACGGUGAUGGGUCAGUAGUCGACCCUGAUCUGAGCCAGUGGGCCAGACUUGAUGCAGCUGCGGCGCAGACAGUCCUGAGCAAAUUGCUUCACUGGACAGCACAACUGGACCGUGCUGGAGAAGGUCAUCUGGUGAGGAAGAAGCUAUGCGCAGCACUAGGAACAUACUUCCUGCAAUCACCAAUACCGUGGCAGCGACCACUUCUGCAUCUUGCCGCUUCGUUCUACCAUGGAAGCGCCGUCGACGAGGACCGGCUCUCUACAGCGCAUGAUGCUAUCGAUCAGUAUUUGCCUACGCUCAAUGAUUCUCAGCUUGUGAACCUCCUUUGGUUAUCUGGAACUUUGGCAACCGAGGCUUCGAGGGUGGACAAUUCCACGCCAGAGAACACGCACGUACAUCAUCUCAUGGAGACGUUGGCUGUCGAUGCAACCAAAGUCAUGCUCUACGCUCUACGCCAGCCGGCUCCUGCAGUCACUGGAAGAACGAAAGCAGAAAGCGUCAAAGCUGAAAGCUUGUCAUGUUUCCUGAAUUGGGUCAACUAUGCUCAGCCCAUGUGGACGAGCCAACAACAGGCACUAGACCACUUGCGCGGGCUUGUGCCUCAGCUGGCGCCUCUGUUGACCGACCAGAUGCUUCAGACCGAAGCUAUGGAUGUCUUCCGGGACAUUCUCGAAAGCUACACCACAUUCUUUCAGCCUCAACACAUGGCACUCCUGGCGAAUGUUAUACAUCAGUACGCCGGGCCGGCAAUGCUGCGAUUGCUACAUGAUCGCGAGCCAGAGGUCCUGCCUGUCGCUCAGCUGAUCAUUGCCUUCGGUAUUGCCAACGUCCAGCAGGUGGUUGAGGACCCGCAGAAUGAGCUCGGCUCCAAGGUUGUGGUCCAGCUACUUCUAGCAAUACUCGAAUCUCCGGGCUUCCCUGGUGACGAUGAUGAAGUUUCUAUCCACAGUAUCGAAUUCUGGAACACCUACAUUGAGUAUGUCAACGAGGAAAUGUACUCGAGACAGACGGCUCAAGAAAAGCCAGCCUGGCUUGACCACGACAAAGCUGUUUGCAUGCGCCUCUCGGAGUUACUCUGGUCGAAGAUGAGGACACCGCCUGCCGAAGUGGCGCAGGACUGGAGUGAUGACGAGUCAGAAGCUUUUAAGGAGUUCCGCAUGGACGCUUCGGAUCUUAUGUUGUCCGUCUAUGUACGGCUCGGCAAUGAGAUGCUUCAGCGCUUCAUUUCCAUCGCAACGACUGCGCUCUCGGCAAAGAAUUGGCAAGAUCUUGAGGCUGCAUUGUUUGCCAUCAAUACGCUGGCGGACAAUGUGCUCGAAGAACCAGCCGCUGAAGAGCUGCUUGGUCAGAUAUUUAGCUCUGCUCUGUUCCGCGAAAUUGCUGACUUCAGCCAACCAAUUCCGACUCAGACACGAAGGACCGCCAUCGAUAUGCUGGGUGCAUACGGUCAGUACAUUGAGCGCCACGCGGAAGCCCUACCAGACACACUACGAUUCCUGUUUGCUUCCCUCGAGACACCCGGUCUCUUCAUCAGCGCCUCAAAGUCGAUUGAAUCAUUGUGCUCGACUUGUCGCAAUAGUCUCACUGGAGAGCUAGAUGGCUUCCUGGCACAGUACGAUAAGUUCGCCCAGAGUGAAACGAGCGAGCCGUACACCAACGAGAAGGUCAUUGGAGCGAUAGCUUCUAUCAUCCAAGCAAUAUCCCCAGAGAGCGCCAAGGCACAGCCUCUCUCGGCACUACUAGACAUCGUGGACAGUAUGGUCGUCAACACCAGACAGCUGCUCGCUCAGCCGGAUGUUGAGAAGGCAGCGGCCAUUGGCGUCUCCUCGAUUGACUGCCUGGUCAAGAUUGGCAAGGGCCUUCAAGUACCAGAAGAUGUGCCCAUCGACCUGUACGAGGAUGAAGAGACGCCUAAAGGCCAGGCCAACUACUGGCGGGAUCCAGAGGGUCAGGCAAUCCAGUUCCGUAUUCUCAACAUCUGCCAGACGAUGUUGCAGCUUCUGCCUGGCGUUGGGGAAGUCGUCGACUCGGUGUGUCAAGUCUUCAAGGCCGGCUUUGCAGAGACUGAGCCUGGGCCUUUCGUCUUUCCGCCGAACAUGAUAGUCAGCUUCCUCGAGCAGUGCACCAUCUCCACACCUCACUUGGAGACAGUACUUUCGACAGUCUGCACACUCAUCGUGCAGUACUCCCGCAAGGAUCAGCCACGUAUUGAUGACGAGAUCAGUCGGAUCUACGCCAGAGCUGUCACCUUCGUUCAGAGUCUCAACGGUGACCCAUCACAAGAUCCAAGCAUCGCACAAGCCUGCAUUGAUGUCUUCAACCGCAUGAUUGGGCGCUACAGCAACAUCUUCCUAGACGUGGCAGGAAGUGGCGUCGCGGUACAACUCAUCCUCGACUUUGCGCUCAAAGCUCUUGAUGGCCCGGAUCUCAUGCCAAAACGCUCCGCCGCCGACUUCUGGAGGCGGGUCAUGGCACUGAAGCAAGACCAACCCGAUGAGACGAUCCUUGAUCGAGCAGAACAGGUCAUCACUGCGUACGGCCUUCCACUCUGCCAAGCCCUGAUGAACCAAAUCUGCGGCCGCAGUCAGCGCUCCGAACUCGACUCACUCGCUGAGCCGCUCAAAGGUUUGAUCCAGAACCGACCUCAGACUAGGACGUGGCUCGAAACGGCUAUCACGAGCGAUGCUCUUCCAGCUAUUAUCCCAAGCGUGGGCGACGCGGAGAAGAGGAGGUUCGUGCAGCAAGUCAUCAGCUUGCGCGGUGACACCAAGAGGACAAGGGAUGUGGUUAAGAACUUCUGGGCCGCUUGUCGCGGGACUGUCGCGAGUUAUGCAUGA